AUUUUGUCGCGGCAGUCCAUAGUUCGACGAUUCUUGACGCGACAUAUACCGUAGAUGCUUUCUGUUACGGUUUUGUAGUUUUUUGCGGUGUGAAAGUGUUAGUUAUGUGAUUGUUACCGAUGAAAUAACCUUGGAUAAGCUUGUAAUUCUUCAGACAUGCAGUGCUUAACUAGUGUCAGCUGACAGUGUGACCGUGCGACGCUUUGUAAUUGGAAAAACUGUGUUUUUUAUGCCACAAAAUAGUGCAGUAGAACGCGAUGAAGGUGAUCGUAGUGAUUCUAGUGACUUGUGCGUGCUUCGUGUACGGAAGCAACGUCAGCAAUGCGGUUCUGAAUCACAACACCAACGAAACUUGUGAAGAACGUUCGGUUUGUGUACGAAAAUGCUGUCCGCAAGGUAUGGCUUUGAAAAACAGAAACUGCACGCGCUCAGAUCUCGAAUUCGGCUUUCCCGUUUACGAUGGGAAGCAAAAAGUGAGUGACAGCACUUUCAAGUUCGAUGUCGUUCACGGGAAGUCUUGUAAAUCAGGCAAGGUAUAUAAGCUCGGCAAGGAAAACGUCCCUAUGUAUUUUGUGCAAAGGAACGGAACGUUAUAUUGCCCGAGGUUUGACAAGGAAAGACUUCUGCUUUAUGACGAGUACUGCUUGGAAAAUAUCGUUCUUCCAACCCAUGUAGAGUUCGCUGCUUUGAUUUGCUUUACGGCCCCUGAUACCAUAGUAGUUGAAGAGUACUUUGAUGGAUCCGAAUAUUAUGGUAGUGUUUGGUGCAAAGUGCGCGAAAGACCACGUCCACAUCCUUCCGGAUUCCAGCUCCGACCUUUACCUGCAAACCGAUGGGAGCCUGUACGUGAAGAGCUUCGAUUACGCGUACGAUUACGCGUCGUACUGUGUGGACGUGUUUGAGAAUGACCAGAUUUCGGCGUUGCUGUGUGAGAAAUAUGAGACGGGUUCUGAUCUGCAGAGGACUAUCUAUGCGAAGGGUAAG